AAAACCCCUCCAUUUCCGUCUCAUAAGAACCUCGCUUCUUUCUCCCCAUCACUCCUCCACAUCAUCAUCCUGACUUACCUCCUACCUCCCAUCUCUACUACUGUUUUUGUUCAAAUCCCUAUCUACUACUACUACAAGAUGAAGCUCCUCGCUGUAUUCGGCACCCUCGCAUUGUCGGCCACCGCGAAUGCCGCCGUAACUGCAACUUGCACCCCUGGCUUGAAUUACUGCUCCGGUGUGCUCGAGGAUGUUGGAAGCAACGGUGACGCGAUUGAAGACGCAUUGAGAAGAUAUGGUCUAGGAAACAAUUCCGGACACACUGGCCUAUGGCCCUAUUAUGUGUUCCAUUGCAACAACGAUCAUACCCUUACCGUUGUUGAGCAUUGUCAAUUGGGUUGUCUAAACCAUGGCAAGGGCCAAAAUGAUUCCUGUUAAAUUGGAACCCUCGGGUUGAGAUCAUCUGGCUACGUACAUUAGUACGGUUCUGCACUCUGAUUUUAGGUUCUUGGAUGGUGGAGGGUGCUGUGCAAAGCAAAAUCAGAGAUUUGAAGUUUGGGUGCAUGAAUUGCGGUGAUGCUUUUCAUAAAUGGAGAAACGAUGCUCUCUAUCUAGCAACUGGCUCAUAUUAUUGGAGUAAGAUCGUAUUGUAGACUUGCAAACACACUUCAUAAACAUAAGCUGCAAAAUAAAAAAUGAAUAAGAUGAGGCAUGCUCAAUACCCAUUGUGAGCCUGCGUCCGAUG